UUAAUAUAAACUUAACUUAAACUUAAAACUAAGAUCUUGAAAUUAAUUUCAGUCAGGUUCCCUCUUGAUAUUAUAGAUGGUAAUGUAGUUACUCAAGUGGUCCACAGUCCCAACAAAUUUGUCAUUAAUCAAACUAUGUAGACAGAAACAGCAGAGUACACCUGGGGCUUUUGGGGCCCUAAAGGGUCUAUGGCUCCUUGACAGUUGCCUACUUUGUCCAGUUAGUAUUUCAUCCUUGGAACAGUACUACUACAGUAAUUCUAGCCAUUGUUUUUCCCUAUUAAAACCUUGCGCCUACAUUACCCAUUAUGCAACGGAGCCGCCGACCGUUAGGUCAGACAUUCGGCUGCGUUAAACCACUCUCCACACUCUUGUCUACCUGCUCUUCACAUUGUGAAAUGAGCCUGGUCGGUUUUUACAAAAACCGGUUGUUGCCAGCCCAGCCCUGAUGUUAGUGGUGUACAUAAUGACCCCAGACUAUGUGACGACAGCCAUUGUAUCCGACCACAUAGAAAUUAAAGAUGAGGAUCUGAUUCAGAGGCAGCUGCAGGUCUUUUUCUGCUGCGUGGUGUUGCUGGGUCCAGACAUAUUCAAGAAUUUCCCCUCCAUCAGUCUUUCUGGCGAACAAUGUGGUCGCACCACACCGGGCAGGUGGAGAUGGGGGGACUGCGGAUGGAGCAGCUCGGCUGUGUUCCUGCUCUGCACAGACACCAGAAGAAGAGCUGCAGCCUGCAAAUGAAUCCUAAUAAUAUGAAGAGCUGCUGGAUACUUUCCUCUUCUUCUUUCACCAAGUGCAACCCGUGGAGGCUCUUUGACCCCGGAUGGCGCGGAUUUAUCUGCUCCUUUUCCAUCACAUGAUUUUUUUAAGUGUUAUAAAACAUCAUUGGGCCUUUACCUGAACCAAUAACCAUUUGACAUCAGAGCAGACUGUUUUAACAUCCCACUGCUGCCAGGUGUGACCGAGACCUCAAGCCACUGUUCUUCGGACCCAGCCUCAGCGUCGCCAAUCGGCUUCCCUCUUGGAGAGAGUGGACCAAUCAGCGACAGUCUUUGAUGAAUAUUCAUGAGUCCGAGAUUCAAACCUUUGAGCGAGUUUGUCUUGGUCCACAGCAUCAUACCUAGGACUUUUCACAGGCACAAACUACAUUUUCUUAUGAAUGGAAAGAGAAAAAAUCAGUUCGGCUUAAAUUGGGACACAUCCUUCACUGAGAUCAUAGAAGGAAAACAACAAAAGGAAGACAAGGGGAACCGCCAGAAGAGAUGACAAUGACUACAAUUCCAGAAAGUCUUAAUAGCCCUGCCUCAGGAAAAGCCGUUUUCAUGGAGUUUGGACCCCCGAGUCAACAAAUGUCGCCUUCCUCCAUGUCUCACGGACACUAUCCCAUGCACUGUUUACAUUCUGCAGGUCAUACCCAGCACGACAGCUACAGUCCAGGCUCAUCGUUCCCCAGAUCUUUGGGUUAUCCAUACGUAAACUCCGUCGGCAGCCAUUCCACCAGUCCAUAUCUCAGCACAGUACAGACCUACCAAAACAGCUCGGCACUCACACAGACUCGGUUAGAGGAUGCAGCACCAGAAACAGAGAAAAACACAGUGGUGGAAGGCGGAGAGGUUCGAUUCAAUGGGAAAGGGAAAAAGAUUAGGAAACCUAGGACUAUCUAUUCGAGUUUACAGCUUCAAGCGUUGAACAGGAGAUUUCAACAGACUCAAUAUUUGGCGUUACCGGAGAGAGCUGAGCUUGCAGCGUCGCUGGGUCUCACUCAGACACAGGUGAAGAUCUGGUUUCAGAAUAAACGAUCCAAAUUCAAGAAACUGAUGAAGCAAGGCGGUGGCACAAUUGACACCAACGCUUUAGCCAGUGGCCGUGGACUUUCGAGCGGCUCUCCUUCGGUGGCACCUGUUUGGAGCACACCGACCACCGUGAAGACUUCAGUGGGCACAACCGGAUCUUACAUUCCCAGCUACACCUCAUGGUAUCCAACCACACACCAAGAGUCUAUGCAACAGUCACAGCUCAUGUGAACAGAGACCUCGGCCCUCAACUCGGCUCGUGGCUCGUGUGUCAGGAUGGUGAAGGGGCUCACAGCCGCUCAGCGCGGCCCAGCACUGAUAAUGCACAACACCAACCCCGGAGUUUGCUGCCUAAUGCCGCCAGCUGACACAGUGGCCUCCUCAUACCGGAUGACGGCAAGCAGCAAAGAACAAGAAGAAGGCGAGGGAGGAGGAGGAGGAGGGAGCUGGGAGACUGAAAAGGCACGCAAUGCGCCCAAGGGCAACAAGUCCGGAAAUCGUAGACAAAUGGAUCUUUUUUUGGCUGCUGUUUAUCACUUUUGUGUCAGUUUCUAUUUUUUAAAAACAAGUCAUAUUUGUGUGAGCUAUUCUGUUAUUGAGCUCUAGGCUACAUGUUUAUAAGAAAACGCGUGUUUGUUUACGCCAGAUGUCGGACCCGAGGUGAUGACGACCUAAAACCAAUCUGCAUUCAUCAACAGCUAAAGGUUAAUCAGGCCAUAGGGGCGAUUCUUAAACCAAAUAAUAACAAAUUAUAAACUCCACCACCCGGCCAUUAUGCUUACAGCACAGUCAACCACAGAGCAUAUUGUGCAAAGCCUCAAAUUGCUACUAUGUUGUUUAUAUGUGUUUAUUAUUUAAGUUAAAUUAUUCAGGCUAGUUUUUCUGUUGAGGUUAGUCUGUGUUCAUUUUGUAAGUGUGUUUGAAAUAACAACACUGUGUUGUUAAUGCUGCACUAAUGCAAGCAGAGCUUUUUCUAUGCCGUGCCCCGAUGUUAUGUGAAAAAUGUAAAAGGCCUGACGAUUUGCUGCUUUAGAAAAAAAAAAAAAAAAAAAAAAAGAAUAAUCCUGAGGGUGAGCAGCUCAUAUGUCACUGUAUUUUGUACAUAAUUUUCAGAUUUGUUUUUGUGCUGUACUGGAUACGCUGUGAAACAGGGUUUUAGGCUUUCUGUAUUUGUCGAGAUGUGUUUAGUCAACAUAGAAAAUAUUUAGUUUUGUAUUGAUCACUUUAAUUUAUUUAUCUGUUUCUGAAGUUUAUGUACAUAAUGUGCAAAGUUUCAAAAGCAGUAAAAUAAUGAUUUAAAUUA